CAGUCCGUUGCGACCUCUCACCACACAGACACACUCUUGUCUUUUUGAGUCUUGAGUUCAUUUCAACAUUUUCGAAAUUAUUUUGCUUCACCACAAACAAAUGCCUCUCUCCCUCCGCCUCGCUCCGUCUCCGACGGCUUUAGCUCCGAGCACCGGAGGAUUCGGUCCAUCGAGGAGGAAACAGUGCCGGAUCCCUUACUCCGGCGUCGACACGACGAAGAUUGGUUUCUGCUCGUCGUUGGAUUCUUGGAAAAGAAGAGAUUCAUCUGUGGUGGUGAGGUGUAGCUUAGAAACCGUGAAUGUAAGUGUUGGUCAAGUUACGGAGGUUGAUAAGGACACCUUCUGGCCCAUCGUUAAUGCCGCCGGUGAUAAGCUUGUCGUACUUGACAUGUACACUCAAUGGUGUGGUCCAUGUAAGGUGAUUGCUCCCAAGUACAAAGCUUUAUCAGAGAAGUAUGAGGACGUUGUCUUUCUAAAGCUUGACUGCAAUCCAGAUAACCGGCCAUUGGCAAAGGAGCUAGGACUAAGAGUGGUUCCAACUUUCAAGAUAUUGAAGGACAACAAGGUCGUCAAGGAAGUCACUGGUGCGAAAUAUGAUGAUCUGGUUGCAGCGAUUGAAACAGCUAGGUCGUCGUCUGCUGGUUCUGGAUGAUCCAAUCUCUCUCUCUCUCUCAUGUCUUAAUUUACCAUAAUAAUUGGUUGUAUGUAAAUGUAAAAUCUUGGUGUGUUAUCCCUAUAGGUGAGGUGAGCAAAAAGAUUUUAUCUUGUAUUGUGUAAAUGUUUCAAGAAAUAUGAUCAUCCAGAAAAAAA